UUUACAUUAGACUCCGAGGGGGAAAAGAUUUGAUGGAAAAUUCUGGAACAACAACAUCAACAAAAUAAAUAAAAACACUAUUCCCCUUCCAAUAUAUUUCUUCCCCCUUUUUCCUUUACAACCCUAUUCUCGCACGAUUUUCAUUCAUUCAUUCCACCGCUGCUCAAUUUUCACUUCCAAUCAUCAAGUUGAUUUGAUUCUGUAGUCAUGGUUGAAACCGCAAUGCGGGGCUAUGAUAGAGAUGGCUAUGAUAGAGAUGAAUAUGAGGGUUACGAUGAUUAUGAGGAUGAUGAACAACUGGAGGAAGGGGAGGAAUAUGAAGAGGAGGGAGUGGAAGAAUAUGUGGUUGAAGAACCUCGGAAACCUACUAAGGAAGAACUGGAAUACCUUGAGUUGAGGCAGAAAUUGAAAGAAUCAAUUAGAAACAAGAUGAAGAAGGAGAAUAGUACUUCCCUUGCAAAUUCCGGUUCUAGAAAGAAGCAAAUUCAUCAGGAUAAUUAUGGGUCUUUUUUUGGUCCUUCUCAACCGGUUAUUGCACAGCGAGUAAUCCAGGAGAGCAAAUCAUUGCUAGAAAAUGGUCAUUUGGUGCCCAGGCCUUCUAACUCACCUCAAAUUAACAAAAGUACAAAUAAAGUUACUAAUGGUGUAUUGAAGUCUUCAGCUCAUAAGCAGCCACCCAGAGUCAGUGAGAAGCUAGUUAAAGCUGAGAAGCUCAAGGUUACUAGAGAUUACUCAUUUCUUUUGUCUGAUGAUGCGGAGAUUCCUGCUCCAUCAAAAGAGCCUCCAUCUAGGAAUACAUCUAUGCGCAGUUCUGUGGGACAAGCAGCUCAAGUUCCAGGAAAGAGUAAACAGUCUUUUAGCAAUGGUGGCAAGCUCGUUCGUAGUACUGGUGAGAACCGGAAACCUGUUGCCGGUGCUAGUCAUUUAGCUCCUAAACCACGAUCCAAUUAUAAAUUAAGUUCUACCAGUCAGGCCAGUAAGGCAUCCACAGAUUCUAGAAAACAGCUUGGCAGUAACAUUGCGAAUGGACCAGGCCGGCCGAUGUUGCCAAAAGGUAUACCUUCAAAGAUGCCUGUUAAUAAGAUGGGGAGUAAAUCAGUCACACCUGGCAUGAGAAAUCCUGUGAAUGGUGUACAGAGGCCACCCCCUUCAAAGGUUUCGUCUUCUCUUCCGAAGCAUGGUGUGGACCAAAGAAAAGAUGUACGAGAACAGUACAAACCCAAAGUAUUACCGAGACAACCAGUUGCACCAUCAAAAGCUCAGGUAAGUAAGCCACCGCUUAAACAAAUUCCAAAGCGACCUGAUUUGCAUAAUCAGCGCCCCAAGAAUAAUGUUAGGAAACGACACCUUGAUGAGCCUGAGGAUGAAAUGGAUUAUCGCAGUGCGAUCAGAUCAAUGUUUCGUUACAACCCUAACAACUUUGUAGAUGACGACGAUGAUCCUAAUAUGGAAGUAGGCUUUGAUCAAAUCGCUAAGGAGGAAAGGAGAAGUGCUAAAAUUGCUAGAGAGGAGGAUGAGCGGGAACUGAGGUUGAUAGAGGAGGAGGAGGAAAGAGAGCGCAGACGAAGAAAGAAGCUUAGAGUUGGCCAGUAGUAAACAUCAAAGAUCUUACUUAGCUUUCAAAUUAUGGGGUUUGAUUGUUAUGAAAUCUGAAUUACUAAAUUCAGUCCAAUGGUGAAAAAUAUAUUGCACCUAUGAUCAAUCAAAUUUGGGCAUUCAAUCCAACGGUGAUGAAAUUAAGCAAGUGAUGUUUUUGUCAAGCUCGUUUGUAUUAUAUUUUGUAAUUUGUAAUAAUGCUAAUCAUACAACCAAUGAUUGCAAUUUUUUUUUAUUGUUACAAAGGAGGCAAUUGAUGUGGAGUUAGUUUGAUA